AUGACAGACGUGGUGAACUUGGACGCGAUACUCGUCGAGCUAGGACAGUUCGGCCGGUACCAAAUAAGGAACUACUGCCUCAUACUACUGACUAUUGUAUAUAGUGCUCUGUUCAAUAGCCAAUAUAUAUUCGCUGCCGGUGCUGUGGACUACAGAUGUCAAGUCCCGGAAUGCGAAACCGUCCCUCCAGAGUUCAAUGCCGGUGGUUGGGGUUCAUGGGCACUGCCAGACUCUCGAGACCGAUGCGAGCGGCUGGUACCCAUUGGCGAGGAAUGCUCUCCCGAAAACUUCUGGAAAAACCAGACUAAGCCUUGUUCCGCUUGGGUAUAUGAGAGCAACAAUACUAUCGUAGAAUCGUUCGAUCUGGCAUGCGAGGAGUGGAAGCGUACGUUGGUGGGCACAAUCCACAGCGUCGGUACAUUCAUUGCACUCACCUUCGUAGGGCUGGUGUCCGACAACUACGGCCGGCGGAUAGCUCUAGUGUUGUCCUUAGUAUCUCCUGCCGUUUUGGGAACUGCUCGAGCUUUCUCGCAAAAUUACGCCAUGUACAUUCUUUUAGAACUUGGUGAGGCCAUUGUAAGUGGUGGUAUUUAUACUACCAGUUUUGUCUUAGCUCUCGAGAUGGUGGGUCCUAAGAGGCGAGUGAUAGCAGGAACCAUGAUAUCUGCUACGUUUGCUAUUGGUCAGGUGUUUACCGCUCUAAUUGCUUGGGCAGUCCCUUACUGGCGACACUUCACGAUAGCUGUCUAUGCACCUUCUGUUCUCUUCAUCGCCUAUUACUGGUUAAUAGGAGAAAGUGUUCGUUGGCUAUUAAGUAAAGAUAGAAAGAAAGAGGCCGCCAGCAUAAUUUUCAAAGCUGCAGAAAUAAAUAAAAAGAAACUGUCACCAGAAUCUAUCAAGGCUCUGACAGAAAAACCUCAAGUCGAGCAGGAGAAACGUUUACCAUCAGAAACUAAGACGGAUGAAACUUCUCCGAUUAAGCAAGUUCUUAGAUCUAGGAAAAUCAUGUUCAGACUAUUCAUUUGUUCUUUCUGGUGGAUUACUUUAACUUUCGUCUACUACGGCCUUUCUAUCAACUCGGUGACUUUAGCCGGAAAUAGCUACGUAAACUAUAUAUUGACCUCCUUGGUAGAAAUACCAGGCUACGUCCUCAGUUUCUUGACACUAAACCGCUUUGGGAGAAAAUCAUCCAUCAUGACAGCCUUUUUCAUAUGUGGCAUAUCUCUCGUGAUACUGCCCUUUUUACCUGAAUCGGUCAGCUGGCUCCAGACAACUUUGAAUUUGGUGGCUAAGCUGUUCAUAAGUUUGGCGUUCAGUAGCACCUACAUAUAUACCGGGGAGUUGUUCCCGACGCAAGCUCGACAUUCAUGUCUUGGAGCUUGUUCCAUGUUCGGCAGAAUUGGAUCUAUUGUUGCGCCACAGACGCCGUUACUGAUGGCGUAUAUGGUAUCUUUGCCGUACUUGAUCUUUGGCGUGAUGGCCGUUACGUCUGGUCUCCUGAUGUGCCUCACGCCGGAGACACUCGGCAUCAAGUUACCCGAUACCAUCGAAGAGGCCGAGAACAUAAUAGCAGUGAAGAAGAACAAUGUUGCAUGA